AUGCGACUCACAACUCUCGGUGCCUCGUUGUGUUGCAUGGACUUCCGUCCCGGAGAUUCGGUUAUAGAGUCGCAAGACAUCGUCCAUGGCCUACUCAGGCUCAAUUCAGCACGUAAUGCAAAUGGGUACCGUCCUUUGACUUGGGACCCUGCCCUUGCUUCCAAUGCGCAAGACUAUGCCAUCCAAUUGGGCUGUGGCGCCGUGGCACCUGGCAAGCCGGAGAGAACUGCUGUAUACAAAGAGAUCUCGGCCACAUGCGCGGGUCAACCACAUACGCGUACUUUCGAGACUGCUGCGAACUUCUGGCUCACUGCCAAUUACAGGCCCAACCGUGUAUCAGAGGACUACUAUAACUACCUUUGUAUGUUCUCUUCCCACAGAGAUUGUGUGAAUGCAUGA